AUGCUCAGCUGGUGUUCCGAUAUCAGAGACAAUAUUUUCCAAGAGUACAAUGCAGAGACAUUGUCAGCGCCGUCAUCAACAAGCUGCGGCUCUUAUAAAAGAAAAUUAUGUUCCCUCAAAAUCCAUUGUUCAUUGGGAUGGGAAACUUUUGAUCGAUGUUACUGGUGUGGUCAACGUAGAUCGGUUACUUGCCGAUGGCACUACGGUUACUGCCCUCAUCACUUGUCGAUGGCACUACAAAACUUCUUGGAGUUAGCAUCUGGAUCAGGACGAGCAGCUGCUGAUGCAGUUCAUGAACAUAUAAAUUCUUUGAAGUGUGAAUCAAUGGUUAUUGGCAUGUGCUUUGACACGACAGCUUCCAAUACUGGAAAACUCAAUGGAGCUUGCACUCUUCUAGAAAAAGCCAUGGGACGUAAUUUAUUAUGGAUGGCUUGCCGUUAUCAUAUGUUUGAAGUGCUGCUUGCCGAUGUAUUCAAUGUUUGUCUUGGACCAUCCACUGGACAAGAAAUUUUAUUUUUCAAAAGUUUUUUUGAUGUACCUGUUGAAAACUGGUCAGAUACUCCUUCAUUCCAAGUUGCAGCAGUGUUUGUAAGAAAUCUAGUUUGCAUCAAUGACUUUGCAGAACGGGGAGUAGCGUUGGUACAACAUUUCAAUGAAACCAUAACCAAAAACGCAGAGCAGAAAAAUUUUUGCUUCAAGUAG